CCGCCCACUUUAGUGUAUACAGCGUCUGGGAGCCAGAGCGACAGAAGCAGGAUGGCUUCAUUUGGGUGGAAGCGGAAGAUCGGUGAGAAAGUAUCGAAGGUGACCAGCCACCGGUUUGAAGAGGACGCAGCGGAGGCAGCGACAGACGGCGAUGAUGCGGAUUGGCUGAAUGCCGCAAAACGCAAAAAAGGGAUACUGCUUGAGGAUAACGGCGAGAAAAGCAAACGCUUAAGGCAAGAAGGGAUAAUCCUGGCUGAAAAUGGAAGACACUGGGAAGCAGUACGAAAAUGGGAUGAAGCGAUCCAGUUAACGCCAGAGGAUGCAGCUUUGUAUGACAUGAAGUCACAGGCACUUUUGUAUCUCCAUGAAAUAUUCCCGGCAGUGCAAGCCGCUGAGACAGCAGUACAGCGGGAUCCGCAUUUUGUUGAGGCCUGGCAGACUUUGGGUCGGGCACAACUUGGAUUAGGAGAAAUUACGAUGGCUAUUCGAAGCUUUCAAAUUGGGCUGCACCUCUGUCCCGCUAACACUGAAUUACGGGAAGAGGAUCUGACCUGGGCACGCAAACUCCUAAAACAAAAGAAAGAACAUGAGACAGAAGAACCCAACAAUAAAAAUGACAUCAAUAUUGGGCAAGAAUUAAUUCCCGACUAUGACUUCGAAAGUGAUGAGGUGGUGGCAGCCUGUGCUGCUAUAUCGCAGAGGCAGAAAUCCAUGGAAAAUAACAAAGGGGUUGUCGUGUCGGCAUCUGGAUCAGUGACAAAUGUUGAACAGAAGAAGAACGAGCCCACUCACGAUGAUCCCAAAGAGUUUAUAAAAGCACGAUAACGGAAAAGUUCUAGUGCUGUAUAGAAGGUCAUGUAAAACAUGGGUGUUUAUUUGAGGCAAUAAUAAUAAUAAUGAGAAAAAUAAACAGUAGAUCUGUAAAUAAAGGAAAAAAAUUUACAAAAGUUGUUUUUUAGAUGCAGCUUCGAAGAAAGAUAUAUUACAGAGUGUGUAGUAUCUUUGGUGACCUUAAAUGAUUGUGUGUUAAUUUGUUUAUGUUUUUUUUUUCGGUUUAAGACUACUUGUUACUUCUGUAUUGCAGGCUAAGGUGUGAUGUCUCAAUGAUAUAUGAUGACAUUAAAGCUUUAAAGGUUUGCUUAAAA